GCAAGUAGAGAGCAAUCUGUCUGCAGUUAUCUACAGUCUGAGCGGAGAGGGACGGCGUUGCGCUGUAGGCUAUACGGUCGUUCGCCAUUGAUUUCCUUCUCUGCGUUUUUUUGUGAAUGGAGCUCAUUAUGUAUGCAGCUUUCUCGCCGUUCCAUUCAGAACUACCGCUGCCCCUGUCCUGUUCCCUCUCCCUCUCUCUCUCUCUCUCUCUCUUUGCAGGCUGCGUGGAUCUCAUUCAACACAGCCUAAAUGACCACAAACGGUUAACGGAUGGAUUAUAAAAUGGACGGAUAUUUGGACCAGCAAGUGCCUUACACUUUAGCUAAUAAGUCGCAAGGAAAUGGGCCCCUAAAUAGACUGUUGAUGGCCGCGAAAAGGAAAUACAUGGACACCGAAUUACCCCCUCAGGAAUCAGAAGACCUCUUUCAGGAUUUAAGCCAACUUCAGGAGACGUGGCUCACAGAAGCUCAAGUUCCUGACAGUGAUGAGCAGUUUGUCCCUGACUUCCACUCAGAAAACUCUGUGGCGUUCCACAGCCCGCCGGUGAAGAUCAAGAAGGAGCCGCAGAGCCCCGGCUCUGACCCCAGCCAGUCCUGCAGCCACAAACAGAGAUUCAGCUACCCCAAUGGAGGAGAGCAGUGCCUUUACGCCAGUGCCUAUGAGCAGAAGAGAGCAGCGGCGGCGGCAGCAGCAGCGGCGGCGGCGGGAGUGGGUGGUGCGGCGGGCGGCUCCAAGAGCUCCUCCUGCCCCGGAGCCCCACCACCGGCGGGCCCCAUGUCCCCCAUGCAGCAGCACUACUCCCCCAAGCCCCCCGCCGCCAUGGGGGCCCGGCCGGAGCAGGCCUACAUGAGCGGCCCCGGCCCCGCCGGACAACAGCCCCUGCCUGGACACAGCCACGGACACAGCCACGGACACAGCCAUGGACACAGCCACGGACAUGGCCACGGCUACCCUAUGAACCACAGGUAUCCAGGCGCCCACGGCCCCGGAGACAUGUGCCCUCCAUUCCCACCUCAGGGCCAGCCUCACCCCUGCAUGCACCCCCAAAACAGUGCCGGCUCGGCGGGCAACUCAGGCGGAGGUGUGGGCGGCGGCGGCGGUGGUGGUGGUGGUGGUGUUGGAGGAUACCACCGACAGCACUCGGACCCCUGCCUGCCCUACCUGCAGCAGAACUUCAAGCAGGAGUACCUGGACCCCCUGUACGAGCGGGCGGCCGCACAUAUGGCCGGACCCCCGCACCCCCCCCAGAGGUUCCCCCCGGCCCACAUGAUGGUCAAGCAGGAGCCCACCGACUACACUUAUGACCCAGAUGUGCCUGGAUGUACUUCAAUGUACCAACACAAUGAGGGCUACCCAAACCAACAGCAUAACAAUGAAGGUUAUCUGUUUGAAAAUGACUCCCGAGUUGUUCCUGAGAAGUUUGAAGGUGAGGUCAAGCAGGAAGCGGGCACCGUCUUCCGCGAGGGCGCCCCCUACCAGCGCCGCGGGUCCCUGCAGCUCUGGCAGUUCCUGGUGGCCCUGCUGGACGACCCAGGCAAUGCCCACUUCAUCGCCUGGACCGGCCGUGGCAUGGAGUUCAAACUCAUCGAGCCCGAGGAGGUGGCAAGACUUUGGGGGAUGCAGAAAAACCGUCCAGCCAUGAACUACGACAAACUGAGUCGCUCACUGCGCUACUACUAUGAGAAGGGAAUCAUGCAAAAGGUGGCGGGAGAGCGUUACGUUUACAAGUUCGUGUGCGAGCCGGAGGCGCUCAUCUCCCUGGCGUUCCCCGACAAUCAGCGGCCCAGCCUGAAGGCUGAGUUCGAGCGCUACGUCAACGAGGAGGACACGGUGCCACUCUCCCACCUGGACGAGGGGGUGAACUACCCACCCGAACAAGCCGCCAGCGCCAUGGGGCCCCAGCCCUACUCCAAAGGCUACAUGUACUAAUGCCACCGACUUGCCCUCCUCCCCCUCAUCCCGCCCCGACCCCCAGCCCACCUCUCCACACCCCGAACCGCCCCCCACCCCCUCCCCAGUCCUGCACCUAUUGCACAUGCCCGCCCCAUCCUCUUGUAUAUAAGGCUAUGGUGUUUUUUUUUUGUUUUUGUUUUAAAUUAAUCUCAUUAGGGAUUCAGCAUUCCUCUCACUUCUGAGGCCUAUCCACAAGUCUGUGCUUACAGAGAUUGCUUAAUAAAGACCCAAUAUUACUACUAA